UAGUCGCUCAGAUUUUAUCUUCUCCCUUUGUCGGUGGGGCGCUUUCCUUCGGAGCCAUGUGGUGCAGCCCGUUCUUACGGUCCCCGUUUGUUCUGGGGCAAUGCAGCCCUUCGCGGGCGCAGUCUGCUUUGGCCCAGCUCAAGCGCCUGCUGGAGGGUGAGCUGGAAGGUAUCCGAGGGGCUGGGACCUGGAAGAACGAGAGGAUAAUAACAUCAAAGCAAGGCCCGCAUAUUAACGUGGAAGGCAGCCGAGGAGAUAUCCUGAAUUUCUGUGCCAACAAUUACCUUGGACUUUCUAGUCAUCCAGAAGUCAUCCGUGCUGGACAUGAUGCUCUGGAAAAGUACGGAGCUGGCCUCAGUUCUGUCCGCUUCAUCUGUGGAACACAAAAUAUACAUAAGGAUCUGGAGGAGAAGAUUGCUCGUUUCCAUCAAAGAGAAGAUGCCAUUCUCUACAUCAGCUGCUUUGAUGCCAAUGCUGGGAUCUUUGAGGCACUUCUGACACCUGAAGAUGCAAUACUGUCAGAUGAACUGAACCAUGCUUCCAUAAUUGAUGGAAUCCGUCUUUGUAAAGCCAAUAAGUAUCGUUACAAACAUAUGGAUAUGCAAGAUCUGGAAGUCAAAUUGCAGGAUGCACAGAAACAUCGUCUACGGAUGGUGGCCACAGAUGGUGCUUUUUCCAUGGAUGGGGAUAUUGCCCCCUUAAAGGAAAUAUGUAGGCUCGCUCAGAAAUACAAAGCCUUUGUUUUUAUCGAUGAAUGUCAUGCCACUGGAUUUCUUGGGCCCAAUGGCAGGGGCACCGAUGAGCUUUUGGGAGUGAUGGAUCAAGUAACAAUAAUCAACUCAACACUUGGAAAAGCCCUUGGAGGAGCAGCAGGUGGCUAUACAACUGGUCCUAAAGCACUCGUGGAUCUUCUGCGGCAACGUUCUCGCCCCUACCUCUUUUCCAACAGCUUGCCUCCUGCGGUUGUGGGCUGUGCCUCCAAAGCUCUGGACCUACUCAUGGAGAGCAAUGCCAUUGCGCAGUCCAUGGCUGCCAAGACUUCACAGUUCCGAAGUAAGAUGGCAGCAGCUGGAUUUACAAUUUCAGGCAAUAACCAUCCUAUUUGCCCUGUGAUGUUGGGUGAUGCCCGGUUAGCUUCAGUGAUGGCUGAUGAUAUACUAAAAAGAGGCAUUUAUGUCAUCGGCUUCAGCUAUCCUGUAGUGCCCAAAGGAAAAGCCCGUAUCCGAGUUCAGAUCUCAGCUGUUCACAGUGAAGAGGAUAUUGAUCGAUGUGUGGAGGCCUUUAUUGAAGUGGGACGUAAACAUGGAGCCUUGCCUUAAAUGGCUGCAGGAAGUGAACUGUGCCUUUCUACAACUGGAACCAAAUGGUGCUAUUUUGCUGUCAGAUAGCCCUUUAGCUUUGCCAGAGAUAAGGAUUGUGGAAAUUAUAAUUCCAAAUCCCACAGUUUGCCUGCUCCUUUUACAUGCAUUACUUUGCAAUAGUUCCAAUGUUAAUUGAAGGUUUAUGUUUUUUUAAGAACUACAGUCCAAUGCUAUGCUAGAAGAUUAAUAAUGAUUGUCUCUCCCAUCGUCAAAGGCAACCAGAGACUAUAAAACAAGGGAAAUGGUUGCAUAAAAUACUCCAUUCUGAUUUGGGUCUCAUGAUGAGGCCCUUGUGGCUCCAUUUUACCUCUUUGUUGCAGAACUCAAGUUGGAGGAAGGAGAGGGGAAAAUGACUUUUUUCCUUCUCAUCCUUGCACAAAUUUCUCUUUAUGGAAGCAGUUUCUUCAGAUUGAUCACUAGAGGGCAUAUUUGUAACUCUGGCCUCAGGGACCCCAAGGCAGCAGAACAUAACAUACAUUGCAGUUGUUUAUUGCUUUUCCUUAUGAAAUUCCAUCAUUGUGAUAUAUUCAUUGCCCUUACAAUAUCCCAAAAUACUAACAAAUAAUUACUGGUUCUCUGUGUUUUAAUAGUCUUCUUUGUAUAAAAAAAGAAUUAGAAUUGGGAAGAGGGGGGUGGGGAAUAGGAUCUGUUCUAAAUGGGGCAAAGGAGCCAGAGUACAAGCAUAUUUGUAAUGGGGUAAAGCCAAAUUUGAUUUUGCUGCUCUACCAUGUACAUGAGAUUACCAUAUCUGGCCUGUAAAAAUCGGGACAGCACAAAACGGCAGCAAAGAAAUAUAGUGCACCAGUCUAGUGAUUCUAUAUUUGUGUAGCCUGCAUAUGAAAGCCGUACUAGUAUAAUCCAUUGUUAAAAUUAAGAAAGCGGUCGAAUUUGUAAAAUCAGACUAGCAUAACUAUCAGAUAUAAUGUAUAUCUUUAUAAGAUAUAAAAAUAUAUCUUAAAGCAUUGUCAUUUUUCUUUUUUAAAAGAGCAGUAUUGACUGCUCAUUAAAUUAGCAUAAACCGAA